CCAUCACAGGACGAAAGGAUUCCGAAUUCGAGAUAUUUGAUUCAUUAGGCUGCGCGGGUCUGCAUUGAAGGUUGAAGCCAAAGAAGUUCCGCGUGAUCCUACUCAAUUGGGGCCAUUAAGUGCAACUUGCUCCUGAGCCCGCCUAUCCUCAUGCAUCCCUCCUUCGCCAGGAUCUUCCCCAGAUCUCGACAUCUUCUCCAGCAUCGCUUUACUCAAACUACCGCCGCAGCCGCGCGCCGACACCCGGGGCAACAACGCGCUGGUCUGGCGCAAAGUCGAAAAAGCGAACCCGAACGUCUCUCUUUGUUAACUCUCUCCAGCGCAAGUCGGAUCUACGACGCCAGAAUCGACGAGAUGGACAUGUCCAACGUACAAUGGUGGGCGAAGCCGGCCCCGACCAUGGCUGCCCCCGCGAACCAGCAGCUAAGCAACAACGGCUUCACGAUACCAGGCCUUGGUAAUGUCUCCAAUGCCGCCGAUGUACGCUUUGAUGGGCCUCGCCCCCGGGCGAUCCCCCUACCCAAGCGACCCGUCGCCGCAGGCCAAUCUACAACCCGGAAGAAGAGGCCUCACACGCCAUCUGGCGCCGCAUCAAACAGCCGCGAUAAGAUCAUGGCUCCCAGCGCCGCGUCCGGCGGCGUCCCCGACCCAACCCCGGAAUACCUCCACCGCGCCUCCCUCCCGUCGACCCUCCUCCCCACCCCGCGCCCCAUCCUCGUCGUCAUGGACCUCAACGGUACACUCCUCCACCGCCCGAACCGGCGCCAGGCGACCUCCUUUGUCGAGCGGCCACACGCCCGGCGCUUUCUGCAGUAUUGCCUCGAUACUUUCCACGUCGUCGUUUGGUCUUCGGCCCGCCCCGGCAACGUCCAGUCCAUGUGCGACCAACUCCUCCUGGGCCCGCCUGGCGGCGGCGCGGGCGGCGGCGGCCACGCCGACAGAGGCUCGUACCGCCGCCGUGUCCUCGCCGUCUGGGGUCGCGACCGCUUCGGCCUGACGGAAGCCGACUACCAGCUUCGCGUGCAGGUCUACAAGCGUCUGGAAUUAGUCUGGCGUGAGAAGAACGUGCAGGCGGCGCACCCAGACGCGGCAUACGGCGGCCGCUGGGACCAGACCAACACCGUGCUGGUCGAUGAUUCGUCCGAAAAGGCGCGCAGCGAGCCGUAUAAUCUCCUCCGGGUCCCCGAGUUCUUUGGCAACGCUAACGAGCCGGGCUACAUCGUGCCCCAGGUCCACGACUACCUCAACGCCCUGUGCCAUCAGUCCGACGUUAGCGCUUACAUGCGCGAGAACCCCUUCGAGGUUAGGAAGGACUACAAACUUGCGCCAAGCGAGCAGUGACAUGUUGUGUGCUCC